AUGUCCUUGUCUGGUCGUGGUUCGGGACCCCGUUUUGAAACACGAGGCUCGAGCUCCAAAACGGCGCAGCCUGCCCGACGAUUAUUGACCCCAGAUCGAUUCAUCCCGCUAGAGAAUGGAUCAGAGGCACAAGCGGAGAGAUUCCGCACUACAAAACUCCCAACUGCUCUCACUCCAGUGGAAAGACUUUUGCGCCGAGAGUGGGUGGUGGACCAGGAUUGCCCAUUCAGCGGUCAUGGCGGUAGAGGCUCUCUCUUCCGAAAUACAUCGUAUUUUGGAAAUUUAUAUCCGAACUCGUUGAAUUUUCGCUGGAAUGACACCAUACUAGAUCGUCAACGGAGAUCUUCGGUUGAGAACCCCACACCCAUAGCCAAGCAAGAUGUGUUUGAUACGCAGAGACAAAUGGAUCUAUAUCAAGGCCGUGUUGCAGAGGCACUCAACAUUGAUCGGACGCUCAAAAUAAUACAGCUAGGCCAGCCCUCGCUAACAUAUAUCCCACGGCCAUUGGCUUCUAACUUGUUUCCCCGUGAACAGCGCCAAAUAAGCGGCACAGAACUCAAACGAUACGCAAUGCAUUAA